AUAUCUUGAGCUCAGAUUGUCCAGACUAUAAGAAAUAUCCUGUGAAUCCUGUCAGUUCCUACUGGAAGAGGGUGUCCCAGGCGUUUGCAAAGGCAGCUGAGGGUAACGUCACUGUCUUACUGAGUGGAACUGAAGACACUCCAUUUAACACUAACAGUAUAUUUGCAACUGAUGAACUGCCCAAAUUAGACCCCAAUAAAGUUACCUUGCGAGUAAUACUGAUCAAUAAGGAAUCCCAAGGGAAAACAUGUGAGGAUUCAUCUCUGAAAGACCUGGAAAAAAAUUGGGCCAUUCGUAGCAAACGUUCAGACAACUAUCAUUGCAAACAUACACAAGA